AUGGCGGCGUCGCCGCAGCAGCAAGGCCAGGGCGGCCCCGGCGUCGGCGGCGGUGGCGGGUGGACUCCCGAGCAGUUCUGGUCGCUGCUGGACAAGGCGGACCGCCGCUUCGCCCGGGUGCGGGACCUGCCCCCUCUCGGCCGCCAGGAGCCCGACGCGUUCGCCAAGGCCUUCCGCGCCUACACCCAGCUCUGGCGGAUGCAGCAGGAGCACCGGCACCGCCUCCUCGACGCGGGCCUCCGCCGCUGGCAGGUCGGCGAGAUCGCCGCCCGCAUCGCCCACCUCUACUACGCCCAGUACCAGCGCACCGCCGACACCGCGCUCCUCUCCGAGGCGUUCGUCUUCUACCACGCCGUCCUCGACCGCGCCUACUUCCAGGACGCCGACCACCACCUCUCCCCCGCUAAGCACCUCCGCUUCCUCGCCAGGUUCCUCCUCGUCGCGCUCCUGCUCGCCAGGCGCUCCCACACCGUCCCGCGCCUCGCCUCGGACAUACGCACGCUCCUCGAUGACUCCAAAAAGUCCUUCCAGGAUGCUGAAUACAAGGAGUGGAAGCAUGUCGUGCAAGAGAUCGCGAGGUUCCUGCGAGCUGACUCACCGUUUAUGAACAUGAGGCCGCUCAGGUACAGCUACGCAUUCGAUCCGCCCCCAGAUACACUUCGUACUGUACCACCUACUGUCAAGAAGCGAGGUCUCGUCUUAAGUGACACCAUACUUUGCAGCUACUAUCCUAACGAGGUCAAAUUUACAGACCUCUCCAUAGAUGUAUUCAGAAUGGUUCAGUGCCUCGAAUGGGAACCAUGUGGUUCAUUUGCGCUAAACAAUGGUUACAGCAGCCAUGAUGAAAGUGGACAAAAUCAACCCAAUCUAUUGAAAGAUUUAAGAGAUGCUGCACUGCCUCCGAAUCCACUUAAGACAAUUCUCUAUCGCCCUUCAGUGACACAUUUCCUAACGGUCCUCGCAACAAAAUGUGAGGAGCUUCCUUCAAAUGGUAUCAUGUUAAUAUAUCUUUCAGCUACAGGGGAGAUUGGAACUUCUGGAUUUUGUCCUGAUACUGGUGAAAAAGUUUUGAGCAACUUUAAUAAGUUUGACAUAUCCAGUACUAGUCAUGCUAGUUCAAAGGAAAACAAAGAACCUUGUCUAUGGUUAGGCUGCCGUGAAACUGAAGGUUCAAAUUGCAUAUACCCUGGUGAUCUAAUCCCAUUUACAAGACGACCCUUAUUUUUGGUGAUUGACAGUAGCACCAGCUAUGCUUUCAAGUCUAUUCAUGGUACUGAAAGGGGGGAGACUGCUGCCAUGCUACUUUCACCAAGUUCUCGAUCUUCCACUGUGGGAUUCAGUGGUGAUUCUACUCGGCACAGUGGUAGCCAAUUUACUAUGUUCCUCACAGCUCCAUUGCAAGCUUUCUGCCUUCUGAUCGGCAACAACAGGACAGAUAUCGACAGGGAUGCAUAUAACAAAGCUGAGGAGUUAUUGUUAUUGUCCCUAAAUGAAUGGGCCACGACUUUAGUUUCAUCGUCUUCACUUCAUCCUGUUUGGGUUGAAGUUUUAGGCGACCCACUCCUAAGAAGGCUACUUCUCAGGUUCAUCUUCUGCCGAGCAACCCAUUCCCUGUUCAAACCAACAAACCAUAAGGAAGAGUUCCUUCCGACCUGCAUGCCUCCUCUGCCUGAGUCUGUUGAUGCUGAGAGCAUGCUCUCCCAAAGCUGUGUGAUGCGAGUCGCAUCAUACUUUGGUGCUGUCAGCCAGUUCUCAUUUGCUGAGGUUACGACAUGGCCUGAUGUUGACCCUGAGGAGACUGUUGUCACCAGUUCAUCUGGCAGUGCCAACAAAGGAGUGCCUGAGACAGCCAGAGAUUCAGACAUUUCAAACUCAUCUUCAUCUUUUUGA